GCCUGGCAGACCCAGGCUCUGCCGCCGCCAGCACGGGACUUCACCUGCGACUCCGCGGCCACGCGCAGCACCGGCGCUAUGGACCCGGCUGCGGCCGCGCAGAUAAGCGAGGCGGUGGCCGAGAAGAUGCUGCUGUACCGGCGAGACAAAUCAGGCUGGAAGAUUUGCCGGGAAGGCAAUGGAGUUUCCGUUUCCUGGAGGCCAUCUAUGGAGUUUCCAGGGAACCUGUACCGAGGAGAAGGCAUUGUGUGUGGGACCCCUGAGAAGGUGUGGGACUGUGUGAAGCCAGUCGCUGGGGGCCUGCGAGAGAAAUGGGAUGAGAACGUGAGCAAUUUUGAAGUCAUUGAAAACAUCAGUGAUACGCUGUGCGUAAGCAGAACCUCUACCCCCUCAGCUGCCAUGAAGCUCAUUUCUCCCAGAGAUUUUGUGGACUUGGUGCUCGUCAGAAAAUAUGAGGAUGGGACCAUCAGUACCAAUGCUACCAAUGUUGAGCAUCCAUUAUGUCCUCCGAAGCCAGGUUAUGUGAGAGGAUUUAACCACCCUUGUGGUUGCUUCUGUGAGCCUCUGCCAGGGGAGCCCAACAAGACCCACGUGGUCACCUUCUUCCACACUGACCUCAGUGGUUACCUCCCACAGGCAGUGGUGGACUCCUUUUUCCCCCGCAGCAUGGCUGGGUUUUACGUCAACCUUCAGAAAGCGGUGAAGAAAUUUUAAGACUGACACUGUCACUGGUUGGCAAAGAACUUAUCCAACUGAUGGAGGAGUUCCAGGUUGGGACACCAGAGAGCCUGGGAGAACAUGAGAUAUUCUCUGAGAACAUCAACUCAACCCCUCCUGCUUCCUUCUUCUAGUCAGGAGUUGUGUGCGAUGUGUCAGCCCUAUGCUCUGCCCUCUAUCUGGCCCUUUAUCCAAGCACAGCUCCUUGGACUUCUGGCCACCUGACAGGGACUCUACCCAGGCCCCAUGUGAUACACGGUGGUCCAAAGGUUUUAUCUGCCAGUCAUUAUCAGAGACAUAUUUCCCUGCUUAUCAAAACGAACUAUCAUCAGUACUGAAAACCAGACCCUGCCGCCUUUAUACUGUCUAGAGCUCUCUCAGACCUGCGCUGCAGAUCCUGGUGUGUUUUUCUAACACUGUGCAACACUUUUCCCCCUUGAAAAGAUAUCAACUUGGAAAAUGAUGGUUUACAAAAUGAGAUAAGCAUUAAGGAAAAAUACUUUCUAUAUAUAUAUAUAUAUUUUUUUUUUUUUUUGCUAUGUCUUCAAUUCAAGUGGAAACCCUGGUAGCGUAGUGCUUAAGUGCUAUGGCUGCUAACCAAGAGGGCGGCAGUUCGAAUCUGCGAGGUGCUCCUUGGAAACUCUAUCAGGCAGUUCUACUCUGUCCUAUAGGGUCGCUAUGAGUCGGAAUCGACUCAACGGGAGUGGGUUUUAUGUUUUUGGUUUCAAUUCAAGUGGGUUAUUUUUCUUUUUCCUCUCUGAGUUAACCGUCAUGCCCCCCGGCAAACCAGACAGUUUGGAUUAGUCCAAGGUCAAACCUGUAGCCUUGGGGGUGAAUUCUCUUUGGAAGUAAUUCUGAAUUGAGCAAGCUGCUCAUCUCUGCACAUGGAAAUCUGGAGAGAAGAGCCUCCUUUCCCUCGGGCAUUUGCCCUUCUUCGUCCUCUGCUAUGGAGCCCAGAAGAGGACUCCACAGGCCUCCAGACCUUGGUCAGGCUACACGUCUGUCUGCAGGAAUGAUGGAAGAGCUGGCCUCCCUCCAGCAGGGCUGGCUGGAAUCCUGCCUCUAGGCUCUGAAACAAACUGCAUAACCGCAAGGGGCCAUACCCAUCCUUUUACAUCAUCAGAACCGGGAAGCACAGCCUUGCCACCUGUGACUUCAUUUCCUCACCAAUCAGUGCUGUGCCAUCCAGUGAAGGAUUCUCUAGUGCCUCCUAGUAACGUCAUCUGUGGUCCCACCACCUUCCUUUUCAGGAAGAUUCCUCGUAUUUGACCAGAGUCUUUUCAUGUUGAGUUACUCAGGUUACUGUUGCCUGUGCAGGAAAUUUCCAGACAGUCCUCAGCCUUUGCUCCUCCAAAUGGAAAAUAUUUCCCUUAUGUCAUAGCAACUUACUUCCCAGCAUUUGACUUCAGGAGUGACUGUCUCCUGAAUGUACCAGGACCUGAGCCAGAGCUCAGUGUCAAGGGGAUAGAAAACUCACUUCUUUCUGUGUUCUAAUGAAACUACAAAUUCCAUAGACAUGCCAUUGAGAUCAUCCAACACAAUAAAACAUGAUUUGAAAAAAAGAGAUCAUCCAGCCAACUCCCUUUUCUCAUCAAGAAAUCUUCACUGGACUCUUGAAUUUGGUUAGCUUUCGUUAAUCAUCCAGUCAUUCAGUAUGUACUUAGCAGGACUCGACUCUGUGGCAGGGGAGUUCCUGGGUGAUACAAAGAGUAAAUGCACUUGGCUGCCAGCCAAAAGGUUGGAGGUUUGAGUCUAUCCAGUGGUGCCUUGAAAGAAGGGCCUGGUGAUCUACUUCUGAAAAAUCAGACAUUGAAAACCUUAUGGAACACAGUUCUACUCUGACACACAUGGGUUUGCCAUGAGUCACAGUCAACACCAUGAGCCAGAGGCAACUGGUUUUUAUUCAGUGCCAAGCACGGUUCUAUAUCAACUCCUCAUGAGAUGAUCUCCCAAAUUCAGCCAAUUCCGGCUGCACCAGCCAACCCCCCCCCAAAAAAAACUAACCCUGUUGUCAUAUAGUGGAUUCUGACUCAUAGCAACCCUAUAGGACAGAGUAGAACUGCCCUAUAGGGUUUCCAAGGAGCUACUGGUAGAGUGAAACUGCUGACCUUUUGGUUAGCAGCCAAGCUCUUAACCACUGCGCCACCAGUGCCUCAGCCAAGGAAACUUAUUCCUUCCCUGAGGUUCGGACCCUGGAAGGCGGUGGUCUUACCAAGACAGAGUCCCCUUGUCCAGCCCCAUCUAGCUAGACGGAAGACCAGCCUCCCAAAGACAUCUCAGGGGGUCCUCUAGAUGUACUGUGCCUGUGUCUCAGCAUCAGAUUAAACUGACUUGAGCACUGGACUAGGAGCCAGAAUACAUACAUCUAUCUGGUUUAAGCUCUGCCACUUAGAAAUUGGGCCCCUGGGUCAGUCAUUUAACAUCUCUGAGCUUCGAGUUCUUGUCUUUAAAAGAAAAUAUGCAGACCUGAAUACCGAUCCCAGUGUAGCCCGCUUCUUGAGAGUCCAUGCAAAUGAGAUAACGUAUGAAUCAGUAAAAUGCUGUGCAAAGCCAAGAACUAGGGCUUCCCAGGAGAGGCCCUUAAAUGGAUUCAUUUUCAUGGAUAAUGAGGAUGGAUUGGCUAUUGUGAGCUGUCUUUUUUCUUUUUUUUUUUUUUUUUUGCAGCCUUUGAGGAUGACUGAAGCAUUGUUUUCAAAGGUAUUUGAGAUGUGUAUCGGCUCGCAAGAAGUUGGCUGAGGAGAACUAAAUCUCAUCUGUAAAUUCCAGCGUCCUGGAGUGGGUGAGCUUUUGUCUCAGGACCUUCUUACUGACUUCUGACCUGAAGACCCCUUUGACUUGGAGAUCAGUAACCUGGGCAGUAGUAGUGGUCUCACUGGCCCCUCACUGGCCUGGGGGCAAAGGGGACCUUCUAAAACAGUCCAGAGACAGACAGGAGGAGAAUACCGGAAGGACCAUGGACACAGUGAUAUUUGUACUCUAGUCCUCAGACAAUCUCUGCUCUACCCACAUACUUGAUUUGCCAGCUCUCCUAAGAAAUCUUUCUCCACGUCCCAGGCCCAUGGCCAGCUCUAUGCUCAUCCAUUUCAUCACCUUCCGGUCUUGAUGGAAAGCCACUUUCUCCUUCCCUAGUCUGCCACUUAGAAGAUUCAUCACCUGGCUGCUUAAUAGGACUCAAAAUAAUUUCCCAAUUAUAGGAAAUGUCACUAUCACAGAUGGUAACAUUCCGGAGGACAAGGAGUAUGCCUUCUGUAUCUCCAUGACCUCACUGCCAAGCUCUGGGCAGGCACACAGUGAGGUUCUGGGGGAUAGGUAUUGAAAUGAGACACACUUUUCAUUGUUAGACCAUGUCCAUCUUCGGUGUUUCUAUUAAAUCUAAAAAGCUGA